UUUAGUCUCACUCACAUUUCAUAAUCGAAAACUCGCACAAGUCAAGAGGAAGAAGAUGAGUGGUACAGUGGCAAUGCACAGUGUCUUCGUCUACGGUAGUCUCAUGGCGGACGACGUCGUUCGUCUCCUCCUCAACCGUAUCCCUCUAACCGCCUCCGCAACCCUCCCUGAUUUCCAUAGAUUCAGCAUCAAAGGUCGUGUUUAUCCCGCGAUUCUACCAGCUAAAUCCGAUAAAGUCUCUGGCAAGGUGUUAUUUGGAAUCACAGAUCAUGAACUUAAUGUUUUAGAUGAGUUUGAAGAUAUUGAGUAUGAAAGAGAGAAUGUUCAAGUUUUGUUAACAGAUAGCUCAGACGAGAAACUGCAAACGAAAACCUACGUUUGGGCCAAGAAAGAUGAUCCUGACCUUUACGGUACAUGGGAUUUCGAGGAAUGGAAGCAACUUCACAUGGAAGGUUUCUUGAAGAUGACUAGAGAAUUUGCUGAAGAGUUGAAUUUACCGAAAUCUGAGAUAUGACUCGCUGCCACAUUCGGGUCAGUAGAUGAAAUCUGGUAUAGUUUCCUCAAUAAAUUGGUCAAUAUAUUCUUGGUAUUCUCUCUAGGAAGGGUUAGAUUCUUCUUCAUGAAUACACAUACAUGAGGGCAUUUGGGUUGUGGUAAUACAUCAACUAAACACAUACAUAAGAAAACAGCUGCAGAUUCUUGUGCUGUAUUUUAUUAUUUAUGCAAUCUGGUAUCUGUUGAAGCGGCAACUUUGGAAGAAGGAGAUGCUGAUGCAUCUUCUUUAUCUGAAGCAUUGAUAACAACUUCUCCUCCGUUGCUGCUUCUCCUUUCUGCCAUCUCUAAAGUCACCUUCAACCAAUGCAAUUUGACCCCAAUGGCUCUUAAAAGAGCCUAGAAGCUGGACCAAAUCCUGAGAACACGAGAGUAGAAAUGUAACAAUGAUUAGAUCAACCACAAACUCUUACACCAUAAGAUUCAGUGAGAUUUGGUUUAUCAUCA